GAGCAAGAAAAACACUUUCCCUCCACACACAAAUCACCCUCCUUAGAAUCAGAACAGAAAGAGAAAGAGAAAAGGCAAAAAGAAAAAAAAGACUUUCUCUUGAAUCAUCAUGACCAUGAAAGAUUCCAUUGUUCUAUAUUCAGCUUUGGGAAGAGGACACCUUGUUUCAAUGGUGGAACUAGGUAAACUCAUACUAAGCCACCACCCUUCACUUUCCAUCACCAUUCUUUUCCUAACCCCACCCCCCAACCAAGACACCCCCACCUCCCCCACCGCCUUCACCUGCGACGCCACCGCCAAAUACAUCGCCGCCGUCACCGCCGCCACUCCCUCCAUUGCCUUCCACCGCAUCCCUCAGAUCUCAAUUCCCACCGUCCUCCAUCCCCAUGCCCUCAACUUCGAGCUCUGCCGCGCCACCGGCCACCACCUCCGCCGCAUCCUCAACUCCAUCUCCCAAACCUCAAACCUCAAAGCAAUAGUCUUGGACUUCAUGAACUACAGUGCCGCACGUGUCACCAACACGCUUCAAAUCCCCACUUACUUCUACUACACUUCCGGCGCCUCCACCCUCGCCGUUUUCCUUCAGCAAAUCAUCAUUCACGAAAACAACACCAAGUCCAUCAAGGAACUCAUCAUACCAGGGUUACCGAAAAUUCACACCGAUGAUUUGCCAGAGCAAGGGAAGGACCAGGUUUUUAUUGACAUUGCCACGUGCAUGAGGGACAGUUACGGGGUUAUAGUAAACACCUUUGAUGCUAUCGAAAGUAGGGUUAUAGAAGCGUUCAACGAAGGGUUGAUGGAAGGAACUACGCCACCAGUGUUUUGCAUUGGACCGGUGGUUUCGGCUCCUUGUAGAGGCGAUGAUAACGGGUGUUUGAGUUGGCUCGAUUCACAACCGAGUCACAGCGUUGUUUUCUUGAGUUUCGGAAGCAUGGGGAGAUUCUCGAGGACUCAGUUGAGAGAGAUUGCUAUUGGGUUGGAGAAGAGUGAGCAAAGGUUCUUGUGGGUCGUGAGGAGCGAGUUCGAAGAGGGUGACUCGGCGGAGCCACCGAGCUUGGACGAGUUGUUGCCAGAAGGGUUUUUGGAGAGGACCAAGGAGAAGGGCUUAGUGGUGAGGGACUGGGCCCCACAGGCGGCGAUACUGAGUCAUGACUCGGUGGGAGGGUUUGUGACUCACUGCGGGUGGAACUCGGUGUUGGAGGCGGUGUGUGAAGGUGUGCCAAUGGUGGCGUGGCCUCUCUACGCGGAGCAGAAGCUGAAUAGGGUGAUAUUGGAGGAGGAAAUGAAGGUGGGUUUGGCGGUGAAGCAGAACAAAGACGGGUUAGUGAGUUCCACCGAGUUGGGGGACCGAGUGAUGGAACUCAUGGACUCGGACAGAGGGAAGGAGAUUAGACAGAGGAUUUUUAAGAUGAAAAUCAGUGCCACCGAAGCAAUGUCUGAAGGUGGAUCUUCUGUCGUUACUUUGAAUCGGUUGGUAGAUAUAUGGAGGGAGCACUAAUUAAUGUAAUGUUUAUGCAGCUAAGCAUAAUUUAUUUGGUAGAGAAUUACUGUGAGAGAAUAAUUAAGCUUUGAAAAGUGUGAUUUAGUUCAGAAGGGAAGUUCCUCCUCGAUAAAGAAUGAGCACGAGUUAAUUUGUUGUGCUCAAGACUGUGUAACUAGGUUAAAAUAUCAAAAGUUUGACUGUGCAAUGCUGUUUGGAAUGUUACAAAACUUUUAAAAAAAUAAAAUAGCUUAAUUUUUA